AUGAACCAAGUCCCAAGGAAUGAUGAAGGUGGAAAGGUUGAUGCAGCUAACUGUCUGUCAAUUUUCACCUAUCUCAAUCACCUUUUAUGUUAUUUCAAGAAACAUCGUUACCUACAGGAAGAUGAGUUCUAUGCUACUGAACUAUAUGUACUAAUGAAUUAUAAUGAGCAAGAAGAUGAAGAUAUGUAUCAAGAAGAUGAAGUUUCUUUCAAUUCACCAUUUGAUCAUACUUUGAUCGACCUUAACAAUAAUACAUUUUUUGUUAGUGGUGAAUAUGAAGAAGUUAAUAUGUUUGUGGAUGUUGAACAUAAUGAAAAAGAUGAGGAAGAUGAUGAAGUUGAAGGAAAAUAUGAUGAGACAGGGGAAAAAUCAGACGAAAAUGAAGAAAAUGAUAGUGAUCAUGAUACAGAUGAUAACGAAGUUCGGAUGUCUCUUGUUCUGAUGAUGAUUGAUGAAUGUAUUAAUUUACUAAUAGUUGUACAUGUUUUUUUUUCUUAUUGGACAAACAUGGUUGUGGUGAAAAACAACUCGAAGGAAGGCCUUCGAGGACCGAGUAGUACUUGUAGCACUAGCCCUUUGACUGCUCGACCUUUUUGGUCGUUGCCUCCACCUCAACUAGCACCCCUGUCACCGCAUCCUCCCAGUAGACGAUGGACUCCCAUUACUCUAGUGGUAGAUACUGAAAUACAAUCAAAGGAGGAGAAAUCUUUCACAUGGGUUGCUACAGAUGCAACAAAGGUGAAGUCCAUAUGCGAGAAGAUUUGCAAGGAUCGCUUUAAAGAGCUAUUAGCAGAUAAGCGUGAUAAGGAAAAGAGAGAAGCUGGUGGGUGGCCUUGA